UCUGAAGGCAUUUCAGUAUGACUUUUUUUUUUUAAAGCUUGCUUUUGGGUGGGCUGUGGGCACCGUUCCGUUGCAACACAGGAAAGUGAAGGGGGAGGUAAUGUGACGAAGAGGAGAGACAACUGAGGUUGAAGACGCCAUCAACCACAACACAUAUUGCCCCACUGUGAUAAAGUGAGAGUGGGAUUUCCUUAAAUGUGUUGUAAUGUGUAAUGGCCUUUUGACGCCCUCUCAUACAGUUUCUGCAUUUAAAUGUCUGAGUGAUAUAUUGCUGUUAGACAGUAUCUCUCGAGUAUCAAGGGAUUUUAGACUUUUUAACUUACUUUUAAUGUCAAGUUAUUCCUUGUUGCUUAAUGUUAGCCACACAAAUUGGUCCCUCAAAUAUUGAGUGGCCAUUGUUGGUGCUUUCACUUUCUCUACAGUGUGAGUUGGUGGGUCACAGUGGAGAAUUCAGGGGGAAAUUUAUCCGCUGGCUGGGGGAGUUUCCAUUUCAGCAGAGGUGGAGUAACACUCAAGGGUUUGAGCUGCGAGUGAGGGCUUGCGGUCAUGAACAGUACAAAACUUCACAAUUUUGUUCCUGACACUUUUCUGUUCUCAACAACAACAAAGUCGUGUAGAAAUAUGAAGUUCCUGGAGCUGGGGGACUCCAUCAGUCGCUUCAGGUUUUCUCAGUCCUGUGUGGGGUUGGCAGGUUGCCUGUGUGUGUGCUACGCAAUCUGGACACCGUUCUGGCUGAAGGAGAGGGGACUCUGGACAGAGUGGAAUAACACUAAAAGUGACCAGACAAAUCGUAAAGAUGGCACUGUCUUCAGUGCCCUGGAGGCAGAGAGAGUAUUAGGAGUUAUUUCCUUCUUAAUGGCUGUGUGCACUGGUGCUCUGUGUCUGGUGUUUGCCCUCUGCUGGACAUCUGAGACGGUGCGCUCCUACUCCAACACUCGCUCUCUCCUCAUGGCAGGACAGGCCCUCUACCCCACCACACUGCUGCUACUUACCAUGGCCUCUACAGGUUUCUUCUUCCUCUUCAGCUGGUCUCUUUUCACCUAUGAGCACUGGGAAGAAAUCCGUCAACACUUCUCCACCCUCGGCUCCUCCUAUUGGCUCGGGGCAUUAGGAUGGGUCCUGCUAUUGGUCGUGGAGAUGAUAGUCUUUCUAGCUGAACAAGCUCUUGUGCCAGACAUUCUACCAGACUUAGAGAAGGCUGUGGAGUCAUGGCGAUUUCCUCUCAACUUAAGGCCGCUAAAUGCUCUUUCAGGGAUGGUUAUCACACUGGUUACAGCAAAAGCAUGAUAGCUCCAAAGAGGUAUAUGUCAACACCUUGAGUGGAGAGCAGAAAUAAGGACAUGACAGACAAAAUAAAUGUGAAUGUGUAAGUUACACAUUAACGCACACAGACUCAAUGAGAAACCAGCAAUUCCUUGCUGCUUUAUAGAUCUGUACAACCAGACUGAAUAUUGAUUAACUGUGUUUGGAGUUAAGUGUUGGCUAGAGGAAUUAAGAUCCUGAAUCCUGAAAGUCAGUAGGACUGAAGGCUCCAGUAUGGACUGAAAUAAAAUAAAAACACACUAAUGACCAGCAAUACUGGUCUAAAUACUUUAGAAACUGGGCACCAAAUGUAAGAUGAGGACUGUGUAGACAUGUGUUUGCAAAAUUUUAAAGUUCAUAAAGUUUUGUCCAGGUUUGGUCCUGGGCUAGGGACAGAUCCAGUUGUGGAGGGUUGUCAGUUUCCAGUAGAAUUUAUGUAAACAAAACACUGACACAAAACAUUCAACUACUACCUUUAACUGAAAGUUUCACUCGGUGCUGCAAUGUAGUUGUUGGAUGUUAAAAUAUUGCCAUCUUGCGACUCAACAAAAGAAAAAUAAGUUAUUUUUAAAUGUUUUAUUUGUUGAAAGGUGAGCUACAGGCUUUACUAUAUGAUGAAUAGGGACAUCACAAUUAUUGUCAAAUACUAAUGGCAAAUACAGAUUGUGUUCCUUUGUUGUUUUCAUAUAAAAGAAGAAAGAUGUCCUGUUUGCUGCUAAUAAAUAACACAAAAAUC